AUGCGCAUGGCUUUAUUAUCAAAGAACAAGUUGAAGUUCGUUGAUGGAUCAAUUGCCAUACCCAGUCCAAAUGAUAGGAAUUAUGAAUCUUGGGAGAGAUGUAAUAAUAUGGUGAUUUCUUGGCUUUAUAGAGCUUUAACUCCAUCAAUUGCACAAAGUGUAAGUUUUCUUAACUUUGCUGUAGAUAUUUGGGAAAACCUUAGAGAAAGAUUUUCUCAAGGUGAUGCUGAUAGAAUUGCUGAUUUGCAGUAUGAGAUCUGUUCUUUGAAACAGAACAAUAUGUCUAUUUCUGAAUAUUAUACCAAUUUGAAGAUUCUUUGGGAUGAGUUUAUAAAUUUUAGACCUAUUCCUAGUUGUUCCUGUACUCCAAAAUGUGAAUGUGGUGGAUAUGAUUUGAUUAAGAAAUACCAGGACAAUGACUAUGUGAUCAGAUUUAUUAAGGGUUUGAAUGAUAAUUUUGAAACUGUCAGAUCUCAUAUUUUGCUAUUGGAGCCAUUACCUCCAAUAAACAAAGCUUUCUCAAUGGCUUUGAGACAUGAAAGACAACAAGGAUUACUUACUGAUUCUACAGAAGUUAAUGCCUUUGCUGCUUCCAGUUCUAAUCCUGAUCACAGUGCUUAUUAUAGCAAAAUGAAUUCUAAUUCUCAAAGGAAAUUUUUCCAUAAGAAGCCAAUGUUGUGCUCUCAUUGUGGACUCACAAAUCACACUGUGGAUAGGUGUUACAGAAAACAUGGAUUCCCACCAGGUUUUUUGUCUAAGUAUAAAACAAACACUCCUGGCUAUGCCAAUCAAGUUGAUUCUAACUUGACUGAUGAUUCUCAUGAAGACUAUGAUCAUUCAAAUGAGGUUGUUCCUCUUUCUUCUGCUAAUUCUGGGCAGUGGAACCACAAGAAUGCUGCUGCUCCUUCUUUCAAUACUUCAAAUGUUGCUGCUCCAUCAUCAAACUUCCCUUUUACUCCAGAACACUGCUCACAGCUUAUAGCACUUUUACAACAGAAGAAUGAUACAUCUGUCAAUUCCCAACAUGUUUCAAGUCAUCAUAAUGCUCAUGUGAAUACUGCUGCUGCUAAAUUCUCAUCUCAACCAAGUUAUUCAGGUAUGACUCAUACCUGUUUAUUAUCUACAAAGUUUACUCAAACUGAUUGGUUGGUUGAUUUUGGAGCUACAAACCAUAUAGUAUGCUCUUUGGACUAUUUUGAUGACUAUAGACCUAUUAGUGGUGUGUUCAUAAACCUUCCUAAUAAUAAACAUGUUCGAGUAACUCAUAUUGGAACUGUCACAGUUUUCUCAAAACUCAUUCUUAAAAAUGCUCUUUUUAAAAUCCAUACUUGGAAGAAGAUUGGCUUAGCUAAGAAAAAGGCUGGCCUCCAUCAUCUAGCUCCUAUUUUUGCAGAUAGUGAUGCUAAUUCUAAAUCUGUAAAAUCUUGUUUUUCCACUUCUGUAUCUAGUAUUGAUUCAAAUACUAUAUGGCAUUAUAGACUUGGCCAUUUGUCUAAUUCUAGAAUAAAGAUUUUACAUUUUAUAAAUCCUUCCAUUCAAUAUUCUGCAAAUAUUUCAAACUGUGACAUUUGCCAUUUCUCAAAGUAA